CUGUCUUUCUCACGAGUGCUGCUCUAGUUCGCUGCUCAAUCGCCAUCCUACAGAAAAUAGACACCGAAAUGGCCGAGGAAACCAGCUGCUUUUCGUGGAAGAAGCUCAACAGCUCGACGUACAGAGUGGUUCAGGACGACUCGCUCAAGGAGCUGCCGUUCAUCUACAUCAAGGUCUACCCGACCCUGCUCCUGCUCAUCGACACCGGCUGCGGUCCUAACCACUGCCGCGACCCGACCGUGUCCGAGAAGUCGAUCCGGAGCUACAUCGAGAAGCACCUCGAGGCAGACGGCCGUCUGCUGACCGCCGACGGGCAGAAGAAGCAAUGGCUCAUCUUCAUCACCCACACGCACUACGACCAUAUCGGCGGCAUGUUUGAGUUCCCCGACGCGGACAUCUUCAUCUCUGGAUACUCGAAAGAGUACAUCCUCAAGGACCUUGGCUGCAACUCGCUCUGCUGCGUGUUCGGCAUCCCGACGCCCAAGUUCGACGUCUACCACUGGCUCGAGCAGAAGGAGAAGCUCUCGUACAAGGGCAUCGACCUCAAGCUCGAGUCGCUGCUCACGCCCGGCCACACUCCGGACGAGAUCGCGCUCUACGACGAGGAGGAGCAGGUUCUGUUUGCCGGCGACUCGCUGUACGAGGAAAUCCCCGUCUACAUCAUCGAGACCUCCGACAUGCUCGACUUUAGCAAGUCGCUCGAUCUCAUGAUCGAGUACGUGCAGGGCAAGAACAAAGAGCUCGAGGCCUCGGGCAAGCGCGUCAUCACCUGCGCAGGACACAUCACCGACGACGUUGAUACCGAGAAACUGGCGCUCGAGAUCAAGGAGUGCUUCUACGAUACGCUCAAGGGCAAGAGCGUGCUCACAAAGCAGGAGACUAUGCGUGGCAAGAACGUGCUCACGUACAUGAACGCGACUAAGAAUGUUGGAUUCAUGUGCAUCGACACCAAGUUGAUGGAGGGAAUGAAGCACUUUGGCUUUGAGUGGGAGGUUCCCGCCCCGUUGCCUGCUGAUGUUACCGUCAAGACAUUCUAAGCACCUCCGAGAGUUUUAAAUAUAAU